ACAAGGCACCCAUGGCGGAGCCGGCGGCCACUACGGUGAGGAGCGGCUGUACCGGCGCCACACACAUCUUCCUCGUCCACGGCGUCUGUCACGGCGGCUGGUGCUGGUACAAGGUAGCGGCGCGGCUGCGACGCCUGCGGCCGCUGGCCGCCGGCCGCGUCGUGGCGCCCGACCUCGCGGCGUCGGGAGUCGACGACCGCCGGCUGCGCGAGGUGCUCACGUUCCGGGACUACUCGGCCCCGCUGCUGGACGCUCUCCGGUCGCUCCCUGACCGGGAGAGGGCGGUCGUCGUGGGGCACAGCCUCGGGGGCCUCAGCGUCGCGCUCGCCGCGGAGGAGUUCCCCGACAAGGUCGCCGCCGCGGUGUUUCUGUGCGCCUUCAUGCCGGACUGCACGUCGCCGCCGGGGCACGUGCUCCUGCAGGUAAAUAUACGUUUUGGUCUUUGCGUCGAGAUUAUAUUUACAGUGGCCGAGAUCAAGAAACAGUAUAUUUUUAGUGUAAAAACUGUAAUUUUCUCCGUGUAAUACAUGAUAGCACUUCUCGUGUGAUGGUGGUGGACGAAUAGGGUUCAAAUCCUGGUACACAUCUAUAGAUAGAAAAAAAAUGGUGCAGAACUAUGAAGACCUCAACUAGUCAUUUGCCACCAAAAAAUAACUGUUUGCCUCUAAGUAUGAAAACCUAGAACUUGUAGUGGGAUAGUUGUAUUUUUAUGAAAUUAACUUUUUACUGAAGGAAAUAAAAUCUAGAAUAAUGGUAGAACAUCUAAUAAUUAAAAAAAUACUAAUGCUGAUAAAAAGGUGUGAUAAAUUUUCACUUAGAAAUAUUAUGGGUUUGUUCAAGGUCAAAAUAAUAUUGCUGUUGUUAGGCAUGUCAUAGUACAAGGUGCAGAGGUAAGGGGCUGUAAAACAAUCAAAAGUGUGGCAAAUAUUUUGUACACAUAUUCUGCAUUUAGCAAAACAAAGAGUAAACCUUUUUUACAUAAAUGAUAGACACAGAUCAUUAAUUCUGGCGAUCUGAAAAAAACUGUUAGUUAUUCUUCUCCCUUGAAGCAUGCCAAGGGCGCCAACCCGGAGUCCCAGAAUGAUAAUGAGAUGAAACCCCAAGACGGAGAAGCCAAGCUUCCUGCUUCCUUCAUGUUCGGGCCGCAUUUCACCGAACAGAACGUCUACCAACCAGGGGCGGAGCCAGGAAGUUGAUUUUUUCAUCAAAAGUUAAAUUUCUAAUAUAAAUUUGUGGACCAUGGGGGCCAGGCCCCUGUCCGUCCCCCUGUCUCCGCCCCUACUACCAACUCUGCUCCAAAGAGGUGCCUUUACUACUUACGAUUGUGCUAGUUUUUUAGAAAAAAUAACUAUAAAUAAUUAUAAAUAAAUAUUUCUGAAUGCAAAUAACAACAAUUGUGUUCUAAAAUUUUUUAUAUAAUAUUGUAAUUGAUGGCCAAAGACUUGUCAAAUUGAAUUGAGCCUUCUAAUUUCGAACAGAGAGAUCGAGUAACACAAAUAGUAAACGUAUGAUGUCAAUUGCAUUAUUCAAUUUCUUAAAAAUAUAUAGUUUCCGCAAUGAAUUUGGUUGUUUCCCUAUGCAAAGUCUCUGGUAACCAGACAAAACAUGCCGGUACUAAAGCUACGUCCACUAACUACUUAUUUGCGGGACAUCACACUAGCGAAAUCUCUCAUGAGAAUCGGCUCGGUGUUCCUCGAAGACCUGCAGUUGAUGGAAGCCCUCUCCAUGGAUUGCUACGGCUCCGUGCGCAAGGUGUACAUCGUUUGCAAGCAAGACCGGACGCUGUCCGAGGAGUUCCAGAGGUGGAUGGUGUCCAACAACCCGGUGGAUGAGGUGAAGGAGAUUGACGGCGCGGAUCACAUGGCUAUGCUCUCCGCGCCCGAUGACAUCGUGCAGUGCAUUGUCGACAUCGUUGCAAAAUACAAUUGAUCAAUCGUGGCGAUGGCUACCGAGGAUGAAGCUGUGACACACCAGGUGUUUAAUCUGCUAAAUAUAAAAACUUAAACCCAGCAUCAUGCAUCAUGAACCAAGGAAAAUGAAGUUAAAAUUGCAUCAAAAAAGAAAAUGAAGUUAAAAGCAUUGUUGUGUACUUAAGUGU